AUGCAUGUGCUCUUCUGGGGCUUGGGGUUCCUGCUAUUCCCUGAUUUCUUGAAUGUAGUCGCAUCUACGGGGAAAUUGCUUUUGAACUCAAGCACAGUAAAAGACCAGAUCGGCGUUUAUGAGAUUGUAACACCGGUGCGGGUGAAUGAAGCCGGUGACAAGUUUCCAACCAGUGUGCACUUCAAGAGAAAAAGACGAAGUUUGGACGACAGCACUGGGAAUACUACGGAUCACUGGGCCUCGCCAAAUAUUCACUACAGGAUAUCUGCUUUUGGACAGAAUUAUCACCUCAAUCUCACGCUGGAUUCGGGAUUUAUCGCCCCUCUUUACACUGUGACAGUACUUGGAGUACCCAGAGGAGAUAACAUAACGGAUUUUGCAACAGAUGGGGAGGUAGAGGAGGAUGAGGAGGAGGACACGGAGUUAAGGCACUGCUUCUAUAAGGGACAAGUAAAUGCAGAAGCAGAACAUGCCGCGGUCAUCAGUUUGUGCUCCGGACUGCUUGGCACUUUCAGGUCUCCAGAUGGGGAGUAUUUUGUUGAACCCCUACACAGCUAUCAAGGAGAAGACUAUGAAGAGGAACACACAAAACCUCAUAUUGUAUACAGGAAGAGUGCACCCAAGAAACAAUCAUCUGGGGAGAACUCAGCUUGUGACACUUCAGGACACAAACAGAGACAGAAGAGACAAAAGCUUAAAAGAAGGCAAGUGGCUGGAGUGACCACUGUGUCCAACGGAGCCCCUGUGGUCAGUGUGGGUAUAUUCAGUGACUUGGAGUCACUGAGUGCCAGCCUCGCCAGCGAUCCUCUGCUCAGAUCACAGAGCGGCAGUUCUAGCGCUCGACCAUCAAAUGAUAGCAGCGGUGACUCAGGACCUCACAGGAGAUCAAAGCGCUUCCUCUCCUACCCGCGCUUCGUUGAAGUCAUGCUGGUGGCAGACAGCAAAAUGGUUGAGCAUCACGGCAGCAAUCUACAGCACUACAUACUCACAUUAAUGUCUAUCGUAUCCUCGAUCUACAAAGACCCCAGCAUUGGCAACCUGAUUAACAUUGUGAUUGUAAAGUUAGUAAUAAUAAACAAUGAGCUGGAAGGUCCAGUGAUUUCUUUUAAUGCACAGACCACUUUAAAGAACUUCUGCAUUUGGCAACAGAGCCAGAACAUCCUGGAUGAUAACCACCAUUCCCAUCACGACACCGCCAUCCUCAUCACCAGGCAGGACAUCUGUAGAGCGAGGGAUAAGUGUGACACCCUUGGACUUGCAGAGUUGGGGACCGUGUGUGAUCCAUACAGGAGCUGCAGCAUAAGUGAGGAUAAUGGACUCAGCACUGCAUUCACCAUCGCCCACGAACUUGGCCAUGUGUUUAACAUGCCUCAUGAUGACAGUAAUAAGUGUAAGGAGGAUGGAGUUAAGAUUCAGCAACAUGUGAUGGCUCCCACUCUGAACUACAACACAAACCCCUGGAUGUGGUCCAAGUGUAGCAGGAAGUACAUCACAGAGUUCCUCGACACAGGGUAUGGUGAGUGCUUGCUCGAUGAGCCCGUUUCUAGGCCAUACAGUGUCUCACAGCAGCUGCCUGGACGCGUAUACAAUGUCAAUAAACAGUGUGAGUUGAUAUUCGGGCCAGGAACGCAGGUGUGCCCCUAUAUGACCCAGUGUAGGAGGCUGUGGUGCACCAGUCCUGAGGGAGCUCAAAGAGGCUGCAGGACCCAGCACAUGCCUUGGGCAGACGGCACUGACUGCUCCCCUGGAAAGCACUGCAAACAUGGCCUGUGUAUAGCCAAAGAGCAUGACGCUGCACCUGUGGAGGGGGCAUGGGGAGUUUGGAGUCCUUUUGGUACCUGUUCGCGAACGUGCGGCGGUGGAAUCAAGAUUGCUGUGCGCGAAUGCAACCGACCCGUGCCCAGGAAUGGAGGGAUGUAUUGUGUUGGUCGCAGGAUGAAGUUCCGUUCCUGUAACUCUGAGCCCUGCUCCAGGCAGAAGAAAGACUUCAGGGAGGAGCAAUGUGCAGCUUUCGAUGGCAGGCACUUUAACAUCAACGGUCUACCUCCUAAUGUUCGCUGGGUACCCAAGUACAGUGGAAUCCUGAUGAAGGACAGGUGUAAGCUGUUCUGCAGGGUGGCCGGCAGCACAGCCUACUAUCAGCUCAGGGACAGAGUCAUUGAUGGCACACCCUGCGGACCCGAUACCAAUGACAUCUGUGUCCAGGGCCUGUGUAGGCAAGCAGGCUGUGACCAUGUAUUGAACUCUAAAGCCAGAAGGGACAAGUGUGGGGUGUGCGGAGGCGACAACUCUUCCUGCAAAACGGUGGCAGGCACCUUUAACAUUGUCCGCUACGGCUAUAAUGAAGUAGUACGAAUACCCACUGGUGCUACAAAUAUAGAUGUGCGUCAACACAGCUAUUCAGGGAAACCGGAGGAUGACAACUACCUCGCCAUAUCAAAUAGCCGUGGAGAGUUCCUGCUUAAUGGAGAGUUUGUGGUCAGCAUGUUCAAAAGGGAAAUCAAAGUGGGAAAUGCUGUCAUAGAGUACAGUGGCUCUGACCAUGUCGUUGAGAGGAUCAACUGUACUGAGCGCAUUGAGGAGGAGAUCAUUGUCCAGGUGCUGUCUGUGGGGAACCUUUACAACCCAGAUGUCAGGUACUCCUUUAAUAUCCCCAUAGAGGACAAACCUCAGCAGUUCUUCUGGGAUGCCUAUGGGCCCUGGCAGGAGUGCAGCCGUCUGUGCCAAGGAGAGCGCAAGCGGAAGAUUCUCUGUAGCAGAGAGUCUGACAGGGUGGUGGUGUCAGACCAGAGGUGUCACGGUACAGCUAGACCCACUGUCAUCACUGAGUCUUGCAACACUGAAUGUGAACUCAGGUGGCAUGUGGCUCGGAAGAGUGAGUGUACUGCCCAGUGUGGCCUGGGAUAUCGUACCCUGGAAAUUCACUGUGCCAAAAUCAGCCGUGCCGAUGGGAAGACCCAGAAGGUUGACGACCGUUACUGUAGUGGUCAGCGCAAGCCUGAUGACAAGGAAGGCUGCCAUGGAGACUGCAAUCCGGGUGGCUGGGAGUACUCCUCUUGGUCAGAGUGCUCCAAGAGCUGUGGUGGGGGAACCCGCCGUCGAGGGGCAGUGUGCCGAAAGGCAUCUGACGCUGGCGGCGAUGAGAGCAAAUGCAGUCAAAGAGACAAGCUGACCGUCCAACCCUGCAACGAAUUCCUCUGUCCCCAAUGGAAGACUGGAGACUGGUCUGAGUGCCUUGUGACGUGUGGGAAAGGCUAUAAGCAUCGUCAGACAUGGUGUCAGUUUGGUGAGGACCGUUUAGAUGACCGCUUAUGUGGCUCAUCUAAACCGGAGUCUGUGCAGACUUGCCAGCAGCAGGAGUGUGCCUCUUGGCAGGUUGGACCCUGGGGACAGUGCACUACCUCAUGUGGGCCAGGCUACCAGAUGCGAGCAGUGAAGUGUGUAGUUGGCUCUUAUGGUGCUGUCAUGGAUGACACUGAAUGUAAUGCUGCCACCCGACCCACUGACACCCAGGACUGUGAACUGGCCCAGUGUCCCAGCAACCAUCCUGUUCUCCCAGGGACCAAAGUCCCCUCCCACCAGAGCCACAAAACUCAGUGGAGAUUUGGUUCCUGGACCCAGUGUAGUGCCAGUUGUGGCAAAGGGACACGAAUGCGGUACGUGAGUUGCCGUGACAACCAGGGUGGUGUAGCAGAAGAGUCGGCGUGUGCCCACCUACCGAAACCCCCUGCUCGGGAAGUGUGUUCAGUAGUGGCCUGUGGACAGUGGAAAGUGCUGGAAUGGACAGUGUGCUCAGUAACCUGUGGUCAGGGGAAGACAACACGCCAGGUACUCUGCGUCAACUACAGUGACCAAGAAGUGAAUGUGAAUGAGUGUGACCAAGAUGAUCGUCCCACCACAGAGCAGGACUGUGCUAUGUCUCAGUGCCCCUCCCGCAGCAGUGAUUCCCGACCCUUCCCAUCCUCACCAAACACCGACACCAGGAACAACCUGCCACGCAGCCAAUCCCACCAAUGGCGGACUGGACCCUGGGGCGCGUGUUCUAGCACAUGUGCAGGAGGUUUCCAGCGGCGUGUUGUAGUGUGCCAGGAUGAGAAUGGGUACCCUGCCAAUAGCUGUGAGGACCGCAGCCGGCCCAGUGAGCAACGGUCCUGUGAGUCGGGGCCAUGUCCACAGUGGAUCUAUGGCAACUGGGGAGAGUGCACCAAGCCAUGUGGAGGUGGGAUAAAGACAAGGCUGGUCGUGUGUCAGCGUCCAAACGGGGAACGUUUCAAUGAUCUGAGCUGCGAAAUCCAUGACAAGCCACCAGAUCGUGAGCAGUGCAAUACUCAGCCAUGCCCAUCUAGCCCCCACUGGAGCACAGACCCAUGGAGCUCGUGCUCGGCCUCCUGUGGAAGAGGUUUCAAGUCCCGCAAGGUGAGCUGUGUGACUGGAUCAGGCCGUCCUGUCACAGAGGAAAACUGCCAGCCCUUGUCCCCCAAACCCAGCAAGCAGAGGCGCUGUCGGGGAGGACGAUGUACCAAGUGGAAGACUGGCAGCUGGGGAGAGUGUUCAGCAUCGUGUGGAGACGGUGUCCAGCGCCGGGACGUGUCCUGCCAGGUCGGAGGCCGACGGAGCGUGCAGGAGAGCGGCUGUUCUCAGCGCUCCAGACCGGCGUCCAGCCAGAGCUGCCGGGUCGCUGAUUGUCCCUCCCGGUACCGGUGGAGAGAAGGAGAGUGGCAGACGUGCAGUAAGUCGUGUGGGGCGGGCCACCGAAGACGAACCCUGCAGUGUGUGGACCACAACCAGGAGGAGGUGCAUGAGAUCUACUGUGUGAACCAGAUCAGACCUCCAGACAUAGAGAGCUGUAACCCCCAGGCCUGUGAGUACAUCUGGAUCACAGGAGAGUGGACUGAGUGCUCAUCCAGCUGUGGCCAGGGCUACCGUCAGCGUCUGAUCUCCUGCAGCGAGGUGCAUGUGGAGAAUGACAACUACGAGUAUGGCCAUCAGUCUUUGUCCAACUGUCCAGGGACCCCUCCUGAGAGCUACAUGCCUUGUCAUCUGGACCCGUGCCCGCGUAUACAGGAGUGGCGGGUUGGAAUCUGGGGUCUGUGUUCAGUCAGCUGCGGUGAAGGAAUGAUGGAGAGGACAGUGCAGUGUGUUUCAGCGGAUGGCCAGCAGAGCAAUAAGUGUUCCCUAGGUGCUGUUCCAGAGGCCAGAAAAAUCUGCAGAAAUCCAAACUGCAACUUCCCUUCCAGCUGUCUGGACGUCCAGAGCAUGAACGGCCCCCUUCCAGACAGUGAACAUGUUCUCAAUAUACAAGGAAAGUCAAUCAAGGUCUACUGUGCAGGAAUGCAGACAGAGGCUCCACAGGAGUACAUUUCCUUGACGACUGGAGAAGGAGAGAAUUUUUCAGAGAUAUUUGCCUUCAGGCUCAAUGACCCUACCCAGUGUCCAGCCAAUGGCUCAAGAAGAGAAGACUGUGACUGUCGGAGAGACUACACCGCCGCUGGUGUAACCACCUUCUCCAAAGUUCGCCUGGACCUCAGUAAUAUGAACAUCAUCACUACAGAUUGGCAGUUUGCUUUCACGGAAGGCAAGAGGGUUCCUUUUGCCACAGCUGGAGACUGCUACAGUGGAGCUCGCUGUCCACAGGGACGCUUCAGGAUCAAUCUCUCAGGAACAGGCUUCAAGGUGGCUGAUGACGUCUCAUGGGUCUCCCAGGGCAACUAUGCAGUGGCUGAUGUACAAAAAUCACAGGAUGGCAGCAGAGUGUCAGGAAUGUGUGGAGGCUACUGUGGUAAAUGUACACCAUCAUCCGGCUCCAGUCUGCAUGUAACAGUGGAAAUGAUGUGACACCUUGCGGGUGCUUGCUGUGUCCGUGUUUCUCCUCAUCUUUGGUGCUACAGACCCCGUCCCUCACAUGACCUCUUUGAACUCUUGUGUAUGUAUAGUGUAAAUGAGUCUUGUGUAAGUAAUGUACAUAGCAAUAUGAGAAUGUCUUAUUUAUUAU